CCGGGGCGCCGCCAGCUGAUUGCGCAGGAGCUCAUCGCACCGAUCGUGCAAUUGGCGGACGAUCUCUCGCCCGACAUCCAUUCACAGAGUGACGACAGUCCUGCUCCGUACAUUUUCGAGCGAUCAUUGGAUCCGUACCWUCAGUGGACUGCGUGCUUGGAGGAACCUAGGGACGAGGAUACGCUACCAUCGCGGCAGGAGUAUCUGAAGCCAUACGAUAUCAUCCCUCGCGCCUUCUACUCGAGGGCAGAGGAAGUGGUGAUCGACGACGAUGACGAAGAGGACGAAGACGAGGAAACAUCGGAGGAGGGAAGCUAUAGUGAACAUAGCGAGGGCGAGCUGAGCGAAGGAGAAGAGGAAGAAGAAGAAACUGGUUCUGAGUGGGAAGCCUUGCCGGAGGAAGCGACGCGCACAGGAACGGAGGCGGAAGAUCCAGAAGUGGCGUGAAGGCGCGAAGAAAUUGCCACCGGGAAGCGCCAGCUGGAGUUCGCCAACGAAGCGA